GAUAUGAAUAAGAAAAUAAGGAAUAAAUUGAAUGACAAUAAUGAAACGUUGGAUACUUCAAAUGGUGAUGCAGCAGCAGAAGACGACACUGAUAUUCCAUGUUUGGCGCAUGAUAUAAUCAAUAAACCACAAGAACGAACUGCUGAUAUUUUUGAAGUCGAUGAUGAUGAUGAUGAUAAUAAUAAUGAUGAUUGUAAUACAUCAAAUGAAAAGUGUAAAAUUAAUAUUAAUAGUAUACAUUUUACUAAUUUACAAUUAUCUAAACCGGUUCUAAGUGGACUUCAAGAUGCUGGUUUCAUUCGACCAUCACCUAUACAAUAUAAAGCUAUCCCUAUGGGUAAAUUAGGAUUGGAUUUAAUUAUUCAAGCUAAAUCUGGUACUGGGAAAACUGUUGUAUUUGCUGUUGUCAUUUUAGAAUCGAUUAAUGUGAAAGAAAGGAGUAUACAAGCUGUAGUCUUAUCGCCUACACGAGAAAUUGCCUUACAAUCACAAAUGGUUAUUAAAAAAUUAGGCUGUCAUAUACCUGAUUUAAAGUGUCAUCUAUUUGUUGGUGGUUUACCUUUGUCUGAUGAUCUAGCAAAUCUUUCAGAUUGUCAUAUUGUUGUCGGUACACCUGGACGUGUACGUUAUUUAAUAGAAUCUGGUUAUAUGUCAACUGAUAGUGUCAAACACUUUAUAUUAGAUGAAGCUGAUCUACUCUUAUCAGGUGGGGCUGAUGCGAAACUGACUGGUGGGAGUGCAAAUAAUGCUUUCCCAGCUGAUAUUAAUUAUAUCUAUUGGUGUCUACCAACAUUCAGACAAAUGUUAGCCUUAUCAGCUACAUACACGGAUUAUUUAGUCAAUGAAUAUUUACCACGUUAUAUGAAUAAUCCAGUGAUUAUACGUUUAGCUGUAAAAGAUCCAGCAUUGAUAGGUGUUCGACAAUUCUUUCAUCUUAUUCAACCGGCUACACGUUCUCUAAAUUCAAUAUUCCUGGCUAAAAUGAAAUUUAUCUCCAAAUUACUCGAUGCUAUUCACUUUCAACAGUGUUUAAUUUUCACAAAUUUUCAUAACAGUGCUGAAGACCUUCAUAGUUCCUUAUCUUCACGUGGUUGGCCAGUCAGUUAUAUAUCGAGUGGUUUAGACCAGGGUGAACGCUUUAGUGCAUUCAAAAAACUACGUACAUUCCAGUGUCGUGUUUUUAUUACUACAGAUUUAACAGCACGUGGUAUCGAUGCUCAAAACGUUAAUCUUGUGAUAAGCUUAGAAGUACCCUGGGAUCAUGAAACUUAUGUACAUCGAGUAGGACGUGCUGGUAGAUUUGGUAGUUAUGGCGCCUCAAUCAUCAUUGUCUCUGAUGUAGGUGAUGAGUGUGAGCUAUUAAAAAAGAUACAAGCGAAAUGCCCGAGAGAAAUUCGUGAAUUACCUGAUCCUAUCCCAGCAAAUUUAGCCAAACAUGAGUGUUCUGUUGAUGUUGACAGUCUAGUGACAGUAACAAAGAAAAUGAGUAAUAUUCAACCGCGUCCAUUGGCUAAAGCAGUAACAAAACAAAAAUUAAAAAAUCCUAUAGAAAAGAAAUCAACUGAAGUGUUUCAACGACAAAAAGACAAGGAUGAAGAUGAUAGAGUGAAGAUGAAAAGAGCGAAAAGAACAACAACAACAACAGCGAUAACAACUCGUAAAACAAUAGAUAAGAACAGAGAAAAAUUAAAGUCAGCAUCCCCUUCAAAUGAUUUAUCCACACAGCUAUCAAAGUAUUUAAAUCUUUUGGGAUCUGAGUGUCGUGGAGGUCGUGCAUCUGUAAAGAAUUCAGCCAGCAGAGACAAUAAAUCUCCUCCAUAUGGUAUAAAUGAAAUUAGAAGUAAUCUUGUAAGCCUGAUGGGUAAUUAUCCCGAAGGUGAUAUGAUCAAUAACAAUUCUUGUGCUGUAAAUAGAAUAAAUAAAGUUGACAAACAUCCGAAUUACGAGGAUGACAAUGAGGAGGAGGAGGAGGAGGAGAAUGCUAACGAUGAUGACGGCGGGGGGGACGACGGCGAGGAGAACGAAGAGGAAGAGGAAGACGAGCAGCAGGAGGAAGAGGAGGAGACGGAGACAGAGGAAGAAGUAAUAGUGAAGAGAAAGACUAACAAAUCAAAGAAAACUUCAUCACAUUCUAAGAAUAAUUCAAAUCCCAGUGAAGAAUAUCAUUGGACGUCAAGACAAAUCUCUGCAUGGUAUGAAUAUCAUCAGUUAUUAGAGUAUGCACAGUAUUAUUAUACUCAAUGGUAUUAUACUACACUAGAAUAUAAUCAAGCUGUAAAUUAUUUGAAUGAAUUAAAAUCAUUUAAACAGUAUAAAGAUUAUUGAAAACUUUUGUAACGAUUGUCACAGUAUAAAGAGGAAAGUUUUACUGUGUAAAUAUUGAAGAAGAGUUGAUGAAGAGUUUCACUUUUUAUUUUCUAUUUUGAAUAAAAUAAGAUUAUGUAACAUUAUUAGCUUUUGUGUAAUAAAUUCA